UGCCGGGACUCGGGGAUGGACUGGUCGCGCCUGGAGUGCGGCGGCCGGAGCCUCCCCGCGGCCCACAAUGCAGCGCGGCGGCUGAAGAUGGCGGAGCGUCACCGGGAGGAGCUGGACAAGGAGGCGGGCUGCGGCCCGUUGCUGCACACCGAGGAUGUCAAGAUUCAAAGUCACUAUGGUCACAGCUACAAUGAUUCGUUGGCGCGGAAAAGCCACGUUGAUGACUACAGCACUUGGGACAUUGUCAAAGCCACACAGUAUGGUAUAUUUGACCGAUGUCGAGAGCUGGUGGAGGCAGGUUAUGAUGUACAACAGCCUGAUAAAGAAAAUGUAACACUUCUUCACUGGGCUGCUAUCAAUAACAGAAUUGAUCUGAGCAGAUACUAUAUUUCAAAGGGUGCACUUGUGGAUCAGUUGGGAGGAGACCUGAACUCUACCCCUCUCCACUGGGCAACGAGGCAGGGCCACUUGUCCAUGGUUGUGCACCUUAUGAAGUAUGGGGCAGAGCCCUCCUUGAUUGAUGGAGAAGGUUGUAGCUGUAUCCACCUGGCUGCCCAGUUUGGGCAUACAUCUAUUGUCGCGUACCUGAUCGCAAAAGGGCAGGAUGUUGACAUGAUGGACCAGAACGGAAUGACGCCGUUGAUGUGGGCUGCUUACAGGACGCACAGUGUGGACCCUACUAGAUUGCUGCUCACAUUCAACGUAUCGGUGAAUCUUGGAGACAAGUACCACAAGAACUCGGCAUUGCACUGGGCAGUACUGGCUGGAAACACCACUGUGAUCAGUUUGCUGCUAGAAGCUGGUGCUAAUGUCGACUCUCAGAAUGCCAAGGGUGAAACGCCAUUAGAUCUUGCUAAACAGCGGAAAAAUGUUUGGAUGAUUAGUCACUUACAAGAAGCCAGGCAGGCAAAAGGCUUUGACAGCUCUUCAUUCCUCAAGAGGCUGAAAGCAGACAAGGAAUUUCGUCAGAAGGUGAUGUUGGGGACUCCGUUUUUGGUGAUUUGGUUGGUUGGAUUCAUAGCUGACCUGGACAUUGACUCCUGGCUACUAAAAGGGUUAAUGUACGGAGGAAUGUGGGCGUUUGUGCAGUUCCUUUCAAAACAGUGGUCAUUGCCAAAUCCCACCUGUGCACUUCCUCUUGGGAUCUAUCUGGCAACCAAAUUCUGGAUGUAUGCCACUUGGUUCUUCUGGCUGUGGACUGAUCUUCCAAUUCUGUCAGUCCACCUACCGUUCCUUGUUAACAGUGUGGGGCUCUUUUAUAACUUUGGUAAGUCGUGGAAAUCAGACCCAGGAGUAAUCAAAGCCACGGAAGAGCAGAAGAAAAAGACAAUAGUGGAACUGGCAGAAUCUGGCCAUCUGGAUCUUAGCAUCUUUUGCAGCACUUGCUUGAUCCAGAAACCUGUUCGUUCCAAACACUGCGCCGUUUGCAAUAGAUGCAUCGCCAAGUUCGACCACCACUGCCCGUGGGUUGGGAACUGCGUGGGAGCUGGAAAUCACCGAUACUUCAUUGGGUACCUGCUCUUCUUGUUGGGAAUGAUAAUCUGGAUGAUUUACGGCUGUUUAUUCUACUGGAGCAUCCACUGUGAAACCAACUACCCGAAGGAAGGACUGUGGACGUAUCUAACGGAGAUUGCGAGCUGCUCCCCGUGGGUGUUCUGGAUGUUCCUGAACAGUCUCUUUCACUUCUUGUGGGUGGCUAUCUUACUCAUGUGUCAGAUGUAUCAGAUUGCUUGUCUUGGGAUAACUACAAACGAAAGGAUGAAUGCAAGACGUUACAAGCACUUUAAGGUUACAACAACCACUAUUGAGAGCCCUUUCAACCACGGUUGCAUUAGGAAUAUCAUAGACUUCUUUGAAUUUAGAUGUUUCGGUCUCUUUCGCCCCGUAAUGGUGGACUGGACGCAUCAGUAUACAAUCGAGUAUGACCAGACCUCGGGUACUGGUUACCAGCUGGUGUAGUGGGAUCAGCGUCCACGGCGAAUCAUCUCCACAAUCAACCCCUCGGACUGGUGCCUGACAGACAUCCUUCCUAAUUCUUUCCCAAUAUCAGCAACCUAAAUAACGUCACUGCGAGGAACGGCCGCCCUGCGGUUCCUUUGCAAACAGGGACAGUCUUGCUGCCUGUUUCCACCAAGCCUGAACCCUCGCACCCCAGCACCUCAUCGCAAUCACAGUGUGGUACAAAGCAGAAGGCCGCGAGGAAACCUUUAUAUAGACAUAGAUCGAACCUGCUCUUUUGCCUGGAAUUGAUUUUUAACGUGUUGUGUUUGCCUCCGGUUUUGGAGCGGAAAGCGACACUGAGCUGCAAAGCUUGAAACCUUGAUUUGCCACCCAUCGGCUCCAGAUAUGGGAGUCCCAUGCUGUCCGGCAGUGCCGAGAGGACAAAGUUGCACCCUGCAUCGAUUGUAUUUGUUGAGUAUUGUUGUGUGGUGCUUUGAAUUUCGUGCAGGAAAAUCCGGAAAUCGGUGUUCACAAUCAUGUCCAGUGGUAAAAACCCAAGACCCUCCUUUGUUUGAGGCAUUGAUCGUUUUAAGUACUUUAUUCUUUCCUGUUUUAAAUCAUGGUUUUAAAGAACGUCCGUCUCAGUGCAAAUUAAUCAGGUCGUUGAGUGGAAAUUUGCAAGCUCCCUCCCAGUCGCUCUCAAUUGGGAGAUGGUGAGGUUGGAGGUGGGCAGUGGGGGGGGGGGGG